UCUUCUAACAUGGGUUAUUCGUAAUGAUUCAUUCUUAGUGUAAUAAAAAAAACGCAAAUAGCUCGGUUUAACAUAACACUCUCAGCGAAAACAUCUGCAUCACAAACGAAAACAUCGACGUAAAAACGUACUGCUGUUGACAACGAGAGGUAAUAGUCGAGGGCAACCUGGUUAGAUAAUGACCAAGUUUACUUUCUAAAACACAAGGGGGCGAACCAUAAAUUUGAAAUUAUUGGUAGCGUCAAGGUGGAAAUAGGUCGGAAUCGCAGGGAAAAAAUACAUCCCAACCGGUGGACUUGGUGACCAAAGUUUUGAGUUUGUUAUAAUUAUUACAGAUUGAAUCACGAUCCUUGAAAGCCGCUUUGCUGUGGAAAUCUACAAGUUUUAACAAAUUCUGAAGGACAUGGAAGAGAUCACAAACAGGGAAUAUGAUCAAUUCAUUAGAAGUCCAGACAACAAGGAUAAGCUGAUUAUAAUUGACUUCUAUGCCGAGUGGUGUGGUCCUUGUAGAAAGAUAAAACCCUUUUUGAGGAAACUUAAGGAAAAGUAUCCAGAAGUAAUCUUUGCAAAAGUGGAUGUCGAUGACGCUGAAUUAUUAGCAGAGGAAGAGAAGGUCGAAGUAAUGCCUACAUUUUUCUUUAUCAAGAACGGGGACAAGCUUCACGUACUCAGCGGGUCGAACGAACAAGAUUUAGAGGAGAAAAUAAAGGAAUUCAAAUAACCGUUCCUAAGCUAGCAACUUGUGACUUGUCCAUACAGUAUAAUUUGUAGGCACAGUAUAGCUUAUUAUCAUGAUUUUAAUAGAUGUAUAACUGUUUUCCCAGUAACGUGAAAAUUCAAAAUACAAUAUUGUUGGUAAUCUCGUUCUCAGGCCCUUCUAUCACUUCAAGACCAGUAUAAAAUAAAAUAAAAGGGCCCUGGAGGCAAGUUUGUACCGAUUAAGGCGGAA